CUGUUUAGUUCUUGUGUAAAUUGUUUUCUGCGAUUUUACUAUUUUCAAAUUUGCAAAUUGCAAUAUACUUCAUCAGCGACUUGUUUGAUUUAACUUUAACUGUGGCGUUAAAUGUCAAAUGUUACGACGCACCAUGACGGAGUUUGACAUAAGAGCCGGUCUGCAGCACGUGUUGAAGCGUAUUGACGAAGUUCUUUUGCAGCGUCCAAAUGAAAUCCAGGCUGCAAGACCUCUCUUGGUGGCUGUCAGCAAGACGAAGCCAGCCGAAGCUAUUAUAGAGGCGUACGACUCUGGCCAGCGGGAUUUCGGGGAAAACUACGUGCAGGAGUUGGUGGAGAAGAGCCAGCACCCGGACAUAGUGGCUAAGUGCCCCGCCAUCAAAUGGCACUUCAUCGGUCACCUGCAGAACAACAAAAUCAACAAGAUACUCUCUCUGCCUAAUCUGCAUAUGAUCCAAACCGUAGACAGCGAGAAGCUUGCUACCAGGCUAGAUGCCGCCUGGGCAAAGUUGAAACCAGCCUCAGAGUCACCGCUCCGGGUUCUCAUUCAAAUCAAUACCAGCGGUGAAGAGGCUAAGAGCGGCAUCGGAAUGAAUGAAGCGCCAAAGCUCUACCAGUUCAUCAGGAACAACCUGAAGCAUCUGCAACUGGUGGGCAUUAUGACCAUUGGAGCUUUUGGCUUCGACUACAGCACAGGGCCAAAUCCAGACUUUGUCUCGCUCAUGCAAGUGCAUCGCUCCGUCUGCGAGGCCAACUCCUUGACCCCCGACUCCGUGCUCGUCUCCAUGGGCAUGUCAAACGACUAUGACAGAGCGAUCGAAAUGGGCAGCACCGUGGUACGUGUCGGUUCAUCUAUUUUCGGACAUCGCGCUGUCAAGGCAUAAGGCGAUCGUCGGCGAGGAAGGAAUGCGCUUUCGGGUGUCUGCCCGAAUACAGUUGUUUCCCAAUGACGUCCAACCUCCCAACUAUCCCAAAAAAAUCCAAGCGAUGCGUAGUCUCCAUGUAUCGUCUAUAUAUCAGAUGGAGAUACUAGUAUGUGCACAUAAAUAUAUAUAUAUUUAUAUAUAAAUAUAUAUAUAUAUAUGUAUUUUGAAUUGUAGAAUUGGCAGAAUUUUUAAAAUUAGAAAAAGUUGAGAUAAACAAAUAUUAUGUAUUGGAUGUGUUAUUACCUCCCUCUCCACUGUUUGUUGACUAGCGUUGUGGGUCCAUUGUUUGCUUCCAUAAACAAUAUUUUAAAAUUUUAUAUAGAUUUGUAUAACAAGAAUCCAAAACGCCAAAUCCAUUCAUCUUGUCAAAUACGACGUAUCUAGCUUUGGUCUACCUUGGAAAAGUGAAUAGAUAUGCCGAAAUUUUCAUUAAUUUCAACAUUCCUUUUAAUAUUGCUUGCUUUAUUUUGCACUUUGUUCUAUUUUAAAUUUAGCAUACAAUCAAUGCUACAUCGGGUGUGGAAUUGUGGGCAGUUUUCUUUACAUUUUCUUGUUUUUCUUGGCCCUAUGCCAAAUUGUCUGGUUAUGCGCGAGCAUUGCAAAUGCUACGAAAGUUUUUGCUGAAAAUCACUUUCAAUGAAGCACGAAUGAAACCAAAUUCAAAAUCGAUUUCUAUUAUGUCUGAUCGAUGAAUUAUGAAUUCGUUUUUGUGUGAUCUCGCCAUUAACUGAAAAUGCGAUUGAUAUUUAUAGCAUAAACCUACAUGUGUACAAUGAUAAUUUCAUUAGAAAAUAUUUUAAACGCACAUACAAAUCACAACCAAAAUAAAUAAAUGUCUAUAAUAAUUUCCCUGGAAACCUAUCACGAUUCAAAUGCAACAGAUGACAUAUUGAGUGUUCAGACCCUUCAGCAAAAUAUAUUAUUCCUUCUAUACAAUAAAAAGAAAAAGAUUUUUUUUGUGUGACAAAUUUC